AUGAAAAAUGCUGGAAUUUUUACUGUAUCAGUAUCGUGCAUUUUAUUUGGGUUUCUUAACCGAAUGAGCGGACCUACUGUUUUCUUAACGUUCUCGUACAUCAUUCGGAUAAUGGAAGCGCUAGGUGGUGCCGCCUUCAUCACAACAGCUUUCAGCAUCAUAGCGCAGGAGUUCCCCUUGACUGUUGCUUCUGCUUUUGCCACUCUCGAAACUUUCUUCGCGCUUGGUUUGAUAGCGGGACCCGUAGUCGGGGGCGCUUUGUACGAGUUGGGAGGCUUCACUCUGCCCUUUGUGGUGCUAGGCUGCCUCUUGAUGGUCGCAGCAGUCGUGGUGUGGUACUUCUUACCUGUGGAAGGUAGUCGCACCAGAUCAACUUCAAGAUACUCGGUGUUUUCGCUUCUUAAGAAACCAAAAAUAUUUCUUUACGCUUUCACCACAAUGUCGGGGUCUCUCAGCGUUGGCUUCUUGUUUGCAACUCUGGAGCCCCACAUACGUCCGUGGAAUCUCACUCCUCUCGAGAUCGGCCUAAUCUUCGUUUUAGACGGCUUCGCGUAUGUCAUUUCUGCGCCGAUUUGGGGCCUUUUAUGCGACAGAUGUCUUCCCGAGCGAGCUGCUACAACGAUAGGGGCUUUAAUAGCCACGGUAGCUUUCUUGCUGUUGGGUCCUUCUCCAAUUUUACCCAUAAAAAACAGCUUACCUCUGUGCAUCUGUGCCCUGGUGGUUCAUGGCCUUGGCUUUGGGGCCCAGUUUGUGGCCACUUUCAGUGGAAUGCAGAAGGAAACCGUCGAGGCUGGACUCCCGGAUGAUCUCACAACCUACGGCCUAGUGUCCGGACUAUGGAAUUCUUCUUUUGCACUUGGCGCCUUCAUCGGGCCAUCAAUCGCCGGGGUCAUGUUGGACACCAUUGGAUUUGGUUGGGGCACGUCCAUCAUUGCCUUGCUUCACCUAUUUGUGGCCUUUGUCACAAUCUUUCUAUCCUGCUACUACCGCUACUGUCGUGACGAAGAUCUUUCUGAAGGAACGUCUCGUUUUCAACUGUCUGUAAGAAAAAGUGAAUCUGCCGACUCUCCGCAUGACAGCGGCUGCAACUCAACCCUCGUAUCUCGCGAGUAUGUCGCCAUUGGUACAGUUGAUUAAAUUAUUACGCUUAGGAUAUUGUAACAAUGGCUUUGCAUAUUUUCACUUUUUGCCUUAUGCCUCACAGCCGAAGAAAGGCUGUCGCAAGUCAAGUACUUUAUUAGUUUCGCAAUUUCGUAAAGUGAUUCGUAAGAAUCGCUUAACGAAAUAUCACUUCCAGAAUCACGUCUAAGAUUUCUGAUAUAUAAGAAUCGUAAGAAACACUUUACGAAAUAUCACCUCCAAGAUUUCUCCGGAUCACCUUCAAGAUCACCUAAGAAUCACCUCCAGAAUAGUGAUAUAUUGCAACGAAAGGAGGGGGAGGCUGUGUAGGAUUCCCUCAUUUAAUAACAGAGCCGCGGCCAGAGUACAGACUCUUCG